GUGUUGUUUGCUGGAUUGGGAGACGCGGAAACAGUCUCUCAGCAAAUUAGUGUCGGUGUGGGAGCCCUUGCCGGUUCUACGAUUCUUCUAAUCACGGUUCCUUGGGCAAUGGGCAUCAUUGCGGGACGUGUGUCUCUCAACGAGAAAGGUGAGGGAAGAUACACUCGCCCACCUGAAAUGCCUGCUUCUGAGUUCAAGAAGCUCCUUCCCAAGGACUCCAAGUCGCUCCGCCAUUCCGGAAUUAACGUGGAGAGCAUUGUUCGUAAGAACAUCAAGUUCGUGGCGCUGUCGAUGCUUCCCUAUCUGUUUGUCCAGAUUCCUGCUUUCUUCAGCGGCUGCUCGACGGGAGACGGUUCGAAGUGCGAUUCGCACGUGAUUCAUUGGAUCUGUCUUGCGUGCUUUGUGAUAUCCUAUGAGUGAGUUUUCAUGAAGAUGGAAAUGGAUGGGAGGAGAAUGUGUGGAGGGUGUGAUUCGAUAGCAAAGCAUCCAAAUGAUUUUUUUAAAAACUUUUUUCUUUCUGUGAAUGAAAAGGAGCGUGUAAUCAAUCGAUUCAAUGGGUGGCUCUAAUAAUUCAUUCUAAUAAUUCAUUCUAAUAAUUCAUUCUAAUAAUUCAUUCAAUUCAUUCAAUUAAUGAUUCAUUCAAUUCAUUCAAUUAAUGAUUCAUUCAAUUCAUAUAACACCCUCUAAUUCAAUCCUUUUGAUUCUCCCACCCAUUCAAUACCUCCACACUCCCUCCCAUUCCUCGUUCGUUCCUUGACAAUCCACUACUGCUUCGUCAUCAUGAUCAUCUACUUCAUCUUCCAAUACAAACACUCCACCGAAAACAUCGUUUCCCAAGAGAAAAUCAAGCAGGAAAUCCAGAAGUCCAUCCGAAAUGGCCUCGUCAACAUCUCCGCCGUCAUCUCCAACGAAAUCGACCAAUACUGCCGCGUGAAAGGCACCGAAAGCAACCGUCGUCUUCUUGAAGACUCUCCCGUCCUCAUGGAGCACGUCCGCGUUCUGGUCCGCUCCUUCUUCCUUCGCUAUGACCAGGACCGCAGCAACUCCAUGAACGUCGAGGAGCUUCGCAACCUGCUUCGCGACCUCGGCGAGCCCAUGAAAGUCUCCGAGGUGCGCGAGCUCCUCGCGUCCUUCGACCACGACCGCGACAAUCAGCUCAGCUUCGACGAGUUCUGCUACUUCGUCGUGGACCUCGUGGAUCGCCGAAAGAAGGGCGAGUUAACCGCGGUGGCCGUGGCGGACGACGACGACGACGAAGAGGAGGAAAUCCCGUCGGAUCUGGUGCAUCUCUCGCCGAAGCAGCAGCAAGUCCGCAUCAUUCUGCGGAGUUUUGGGAUGAUGUUCGCGGGCAUGGCGAUCGUGAUUCUCUUCUCCGACCCCGUUGUCGACGUGCUGGACAAUCUCGGAACGCGGCUGCACAUCCCGAACUUCUACGUCUCGUUCAUCCUCGCGCCGAUGAUUAGCAAUGCCUCGGAAAUCCUCGCGUCGUACGUCUACGCGAAGAAGAAAACGCAGAAGACCGCGACGAUCAGCAUCAGCACGCUGCAAGGCUCCGCCGUGAUGAACAACGCCGUGUGUCUCGGCGUGUUCUUGAUCAUUAUCUUUAUGCGGGACUUGAAGUGGCUGUUUACUGCCGAAACGCUGACCAUUUUGUUUGUGGAGCUCUGCGUGAUGGCCAUCUCGUGGCAGCCGGCGCAGACGCUGGGACACGCUUGUGUCUUGCUCGCGUUGUACCCGUUCUCCAUCUUUAUGGUGUGGAUUUUGGAGUAUAUGGGAUUGAACUAAGCGAGUU